GGAUCAGAAGAUCAGUUCUCGAUCCAAUGCAUAUAUAUAAUAAGGAUGACCAUGCAGCAUGCAUGCAGGAGAACAAAAAGUGUUCAAAAGGAAAACAUGGAAUUAGAUAAAGCAUGCCAUUCUCUGCCUGCUGACAUCGAUACAAAUGGAGUUGUAAGAUCAAGUAGAGAUCUUCCGCCAGCUCAUUACACAUUUCAAAUCAAGAAUUUCUCGGUGCUGUUUGAGGCAGAGGUUAAGAACUGUGAAUCGGGCGUGUUUGAAGUUGGUGGCUACAAUUGGAAAUUGGUACUCAAAACAAAUGGGAAGAAGAAUAGUAAAAGUCACAUCUCCUUAUAUUUGGCAAUAGAAAAUCAAAACACUCUUUCGCUUGGAUGGGAGGCUAACGUAAACUUCAGAUUCUUUGUGUUUGAUCAAAUACGAAACAAGUACCUGUGUAUUCAAGAUGCAGAUGGGCGUGUAAGACGCUUUCAUAACUUAAAGACUGAAUGGGGUUUCGCUCAAUUACUUUCGCACGACACCCUCAACGAUCCUUCAAAUGGUUAUAUUGUUGAUGAUUCUUGCAUUCUUGGGGCUGAAGUUUUUGUCAUCAAAGGUAGUGGCAGGGGAGUGUGCUUGUCGAUGAUAAAACAACCUCAAACCAAUUAUUUCACUUGGAGGGUUGACAACUUUGUCGUGCGGAAAAACGACUAUUAUUUAUCUGAUGUCUUCAUUGUUGAAGGGCUUAAAUGGAAGUUGGGGCUGGUCUAUCCAAGGGGAAACAAGGCAACGUCCUCAGAUCACGGCUUCAGCUUGUCUUUCUAUCUCCUAAUGGCCGAUGAUUUAGAAAUCAUUACUCCUAACCGAAAAUUGUACGCAAAAUUCAAGCUGCGAAUAAGGGACCAAGUCAAUAGCAAUCACCUUGAAAGAACAAUUGAGCAUUGGUUCUCUAAAAGUAACGUUGGCUUUGGUGCCCCGACCUUUUCGCUUCUGAGAGAUCUCAAGGAUCCAUCAAAUGGCUACUUAGUGGAUGAUGCUUUGUUGGUUGAAUGCAAAAUUGAUGUCAUAUCUGAAGUGAAGGAUUUCUCCGGAUGAUCAAAUUGGAGACAAAUUAAUUAGAUAUUAUUUUACUAUUAAUUAUACAAUAAUUCAAUGGUUGCAUGUGGAAGUACUGAUAUAUACAUUCGACACAAAUUCCGCAACAUUAUUAUAUCUAUAGCAAAUGUAAGAAUUAAAGAUAUAUAAAAUGUAAUUUUAAGAGUGACAAAAACCAAAGCCAUCCAAUAUCCUAAUAAAUUAUCAUAGAUGGA